AUGGCCGGCCCAGGGGUCUUCACUCUCCUCUGUGGUUUACUGGCAGCCACCUUGGUGCGAGCCACCCUCAAGCCCCCUGUGGUUCUCAACCUCCGCGCAGAAGUCAUCAGAGAAAAGCUGACGCAGGCGCUGGAGGCCCACGGCGCCACCGCCGUCCUGCAGCAGCUGCCGCUGCACAGCGCCGUGCGGGAGAAGCCGGCCGGCGUGCUGAGCAGCCUCGUGGACACUGUCCUGAGAAACAUCGUCUGGCUGAAGGUCACCUCAGCUAGCAUCCUCCAGCUGCAGGUGCACACCUCGGCCAACGCCCAGGAGCUAGUCGUCAAGAUCCCCAUGGACAUGGUGGCUGGAUUCAACACGCCGCUGGUCAAGACCAUCGUGCAGCUGCACCUGGAGAGCGAGGCCCAGGCCACCGUCCAGCUGCAGACAGGUGCCAGCGGCCCCACCCGCCUCGUCCUCCGCGACUGCGCCACCAGCCCGGGCAGCCUGCGCAUCAGCCUGCUGCACAAGGUAUCCUUCCUGGUCAACCCCUUAGCGAACAUGGUCAUGAAGCUCCUGGUGCCAGCCCUGCCCAAACUGGUGAAAAGCCAGCUGUGUCCCGUGAUCGAGCUGGCCUUCAAUGACAUGUACGCAGAGCUCCUGGAGAUUAUUAGGGUGCCUGUUUCCCUCGGCCCUGAACGCCUGGAGUUUGACGUUCUGUCUCCUGCCAUCCAGGACAAUGCCGUCCAGUUCAACCUGGGGGCCAGGCUGUUGGACUCAGAGGGAAAGGUGACCAAGUGGUUCAACAACUCUGCGGCUUCCCUGACGAUGCCCAGCCCAAACAGCGCCCCAUUCAGCCUCGUUGUGAGGCAGGACGUUGUGAACGCUGCAGUGGCCGCCUUGCUCCCUACAGAAGAACUCGUGAUCCUGUUGGACUACGUGCUUCCUGAACUGGCCCGGGAGCUGAAGUCGAGCAUCCGGGUGAUCAAUGAAAAGGCUGCAGAUCAGCUGGGGCCCACCCAGAUUGUGAAGAUCGUAACUCAGGAUACCCCCGAGCUCCUGCUGAGCCAUUGCAGUGCCAAGGUGGCCCAACAGAUUGUGCUGGACUUGUUCCCCACCAGUGAAGCCUACCGCCCCUUCUUCACCUUGGGCAUCGAAGCCAGUUCAGAAGCUCAGUUUUACGCCGAAGGUGACCGACUUAUGCUCAACCUGAAUGAACUCAGGUCCGAGCGGAUCCAUCUGAUGAAUUGGGAUAUUAACCGGUUCGAACCUGAAGUUCUGAAAAAUAUCACCACCGACAUCCUCAUCUCCGUCUUGCUGCCAAACGAGAAUGGCAAGCUGAGACCCGGGAUCCCAGUGCGGAUGGUGAAGGCCUUGGGAUUUGAGGCCGCGGCAUGCUCCCUGACCAAGGAUGCCCUCGUGAUCACCCCAGCCUCCUCGUAGCAGCCCGGCUGUCUCUCCCCGUGCAGAUGGGUCGCUGGCCAUGCGGGCAGGCAGGGCCCAGCUGGGAGUGUGGGCGCCAGCUCUGUAGACCGUCCCUCUCUGCAAUCAAUAAACACUUGCUGUGACCCCUGCAGUUGGAGUGUCUUUGUCCCCGCACAGGGGUCACUUUGUCCCUGGCCGUCUUGGGGACUGGACAUCGGGUCAUGCUCAGGCACAGCGGAGCCAACCUGGGCAAUGUCUGAGCCGUGUCUGGGCCACAGCAGACCACGUGAGGAUGACGUCCACGGUGCUGCUCCCCCAGCUUCAGGAAGAAGAAAGCCAGUUCUUCCUCCUGCCUUCCGUGUUGGGCGGCCUCAAGACCAUCUCUGGUGGGGUGGCCUUUUGGGUGGGCACGUACGUUUUGCUAGUCUCGGCAGUGUGGUGGGCAGAGGGCUCUCUGAACAACAUGGCUCCGCAGGCAGAGGAAGGAGGCUUCGAGUUCGGGCCUGGCCCCUCAGUGCUUCUUUGAUCCUGGGAUAUGGCUUCCCCUCUGCGGG